GCUGCUGGCAGACGUCCCUUAUCCAGAGGAAACAACCAAGGGUGGAUGAUUCAGCCAAGAGACUUCCAAACAAAUUAUUCGCCUACCCGAAAUGGAGGGGCGGUGUACCUGCUGUAUGAAAUCAGGUGGAGAAAUGGUUCCAUCUGGAGGAACUGGUGCUCGAACAAUCGUGAACGACACGCUGAAGUCAACUUCUUGGAAAAUCCUUUCAAUGACAGGCCACAAGCUCCUUGCUCCAUCACCUGGUUCCUUUCAACUAGUCCCUGUGGAAACUGCUCCGAAAGGAUUCUGGAGUUCCUGAGGUCACACCCUAAGGUGACCUUGGAAAUACAUGCCGCCAAGCUGUUCAGGCACCUCGAUGUCCGGAACCGCCAAGGUCUCCGCAACCUGAUGAUGAAUGGAGUUUCUAUACGUAUCAUGGAUCUUGGAGAUUACAGUUACUGCUGGAGAAAUUUUGUUGCAUACCUACCUGGAGAAGAAUAUUAUGAGCCCCAGAACAUCACUGAACAUCACAUCUACUUCUUUCUGAGUAACAUAGAGCUCUUUCAUAUCUUUUUGGGGCUUCCUCCACUUCUGUCAAACUGAGUGCUAAUGAGCAUCACCACCAUGCUUUCAAGCUCAGUUUGUGCAUCAAUAUAAGACCAGAAAAGCCAGUCCCUGGCUGUCUUUUCUUCUGCAGCCUUGAUAAGUUUCUUGCUGCCACCAGAGAAGACUCUGAUCACUGGCUGGGCAUUGCUAACAGAACAGAGGAUUGAACAGAACAGAAGGAGCGCAUGAGAAGCCAUCAGGAAGUUUGGAUGAUGCAGCCAGGCAUCCAGGACACUCUGGUCUUUAGAGAGCUUCCUGAGAGUCCAGUGGGGAUGGAGACCAUGCCCCAUAAUCAGGCCUUCCACAUCUGCAGAUUCUGCAGUCAGAUUCUGCAAGUGCCCUCUUGAGAGGCCAGCACGUAACAUUUUUCAUGCUCUGAUCUGUUCCAGAGAACUAACCAGCCAUGCAUUCUUGCUUUCAGAAUUUCUUAUGAGGAUAUACAUGUAUAUGUUUCAGAAAAUAUUUCAUGCUAUUACAGAAUUUAUGCAAUACUGU